ACGCUGGCCGGGGCAUUGUGAAGCAGUAGUUGAAGCGUUAGCAGGGCAGGCUAAAGUGAAGGAGAAAGAAAGCUAACUAAUCGUCAGACUAGUGUAAGAGGCGCCGGCUAAAAAAAACCAAAACAAAACAAAACAUUUUUUUUAAAAAAAAAUGAUCAUGGAAAAAUAAGCAAGUGUCAACACAGCGACGGCAGACGGCUACUUGACUCCGAGUGGACUCCGCAAGAAUGUUUCCAGGGUGCUAACGUGCGAGGCGGCGCUUGUCAGAUGCCAGAGGAACGGAGCGUUUUUGGGAUACUCCAUCGCUUGUCCCGUUUCCAAGCGGAAAGCAUUUGUGGACAAAUAGUUGGAGGGGGGUGGGUGGGUGGUUGAGCUACAGCUAGCUGGCUAGCCCAAGCCAAUCACCCCGGAGACUUUUUGACGCUGUCAGCCGGCAAACCCCAACCGCGAAUGUUUUGUCUGUCAUGAGUCCGGCCGGGUGCCCCCAUGUGAACGGUUAUAAGGUGGACAAUUGGAAGCAAAACCUCCGCGUCAUAUACCAAUGCUUUGUUUGGAGUAGCACUGCUGAAACCAGGAGACGAAAGGUGCUUCAGGGUGAUGCGGGAUGGACAGAGCUGGCCAAGUCUUGUAUCUGUCACAUGUGUGGCGCCCACCUGAACAGACUCCACUCUUGUCUCUACUGCGUUUUUUUCGGCUGCUUCACCAAGAAACACAUCCACGAGCACGCCAAAAACAAGAGGCACAAUCUAGCUAUAGACUUAUUAUACGGCGGAAUAUAUUGUUUUGUGUGUCAAGACUACAUAUACGACAAAGAUAUGGAGCAGAUUGCCAAAGAGGAACAGAGGAAAGCCUGGAAAUUACAAGGCAUAGGCGAGAAAUACACAACGUGGGAGCCCACCAAGCGAGAGCUCGAGUUAUUACGACACAAUCCAAAGCGGAGGAAAAUCACUACGAACUGUACCAUAGGUUUACGAGGGUUAAUAAAUCUGGGCAACACGUGUUUCAUGAACUGCAUCGUGCAGGCCCUCACGCACACGCCGCUGCUGCGGGACUUCUUCCUCUCCGACAGGCACAAGUGUGAGAUGCAAUCCAACUCCUGUCUGGUGUGCGAGAUGUCGCAGCUCUUUCAGGAGUUCUACUCGGGCCACCGUUCGCCUCACAUUCCCUUCCGGCUGCUGCACCUGGUGUGGACGCACGCGCGCCACCUGGCCGGCUACGAGCAGCAGGACGCCCACGAGUUCCUCAUCGCCGCGCUGGAUGUUCUACACCGGCACUGCAAAGGGGACACCAUCAGAGACGACAACGGGAAGAAGGCCAACAAUCCGAACCACUGUAACUGCAUCAUCGACCAAAUCUUCACCGGAGGGCUCCAGUCGGACGUUACCUGUCAGGUUUGCCAUGGGGUUUCCACGACGAUAGAUCCCUUCUGGGACAUCAGUUUGGACCUGCCUGGCUCAUCCACGCCGUUUUGGCCCCUCAGUCCUGGAGGCGACGGCGGCACUGUCAACGGGGAAAGCCACCUGUCGGGGUCCACGACGCUCACGGACUGCCUACGCAGGUUUACGCGGCCCGAGCAUCUAGGAAGCGGUGCCAAAAUCAAGUGUGGCGGUUGCCAUAGUUACCAGGAGUCCACCAAACAGCUGACGAUGAAGAAGCUGCCCAUUGUAGCGUGUUUCCAUCUCAAACGGUUCGAGCACUCCGCCAAAUUGCGGCGGAAGAUCACUACGUACGUUUCCUUUCCUCUCGAGCUGGACAUGACGCCCUUCAUGGCAUCCAGCAAAGAGAGCAGAAUGAACGGGCAGUACCAACAAACGGUGGACGUGUUAAACAAUGAUAAUAAGUAUUCCUUGUUUGCGGUGGUCAACCACCAAGGCACGUUAGAGAGCGGACACUACACCAGCUUCAUCCGACAGCACAAGGACCAGUGGUUCAAAUGUGACGACGCCAUCAUCACCAAGGCCAGCAUUAAGGAUGUACUUGAUAGCGAAGGGUAUCUCUUAUUCUACCAUAAACAGUUCCUGGAGUAUGAGUAGUUCUUGUCCCCUCCUUCCCCUUCGUGAAGACCAUGAAGAACCACUGUUGGACAGUUGGCAACACACACACACACACACGCACGCACACAAGCCUACCUGAACUACCUGACUGACUUAAAAAAAAAAAAGAGGCUGCUCCUCCGAAUGUGGAGGACAUUAAAAAACAAAAGACAACGUAUGACAUCAUGCAACCUUUCAACAACAACAAAACAAAACAAGCACUGAGCUACUUCUUGGCAUCUACCUGACGAAACUGAAUGAAGAGGACGAAGAGUAAGAGGAGACGUCCCUGGGCACAUCUUAGUACAGUAUUCUGACCCCCCCACCCCCCCCAAAAAAAAAAUUCUCUCCCACGGUGCUCUCGUCUCAUCUGACCAAGCAUUUAAUUCUGAUGGCCGCCAUUAUGCAUCACGGGAAAGCAAAAAUAAAAUAAAUAAAUGUAUUAAGAACUUUGCAGGAGCAUUUUUAUGGCUAUUAUAUGCUAUGAGCGGAUCUAUUUUUUAUUUUAUUUUUAUUUUUUUUAAUUUCAUUUUAUUUUAAUUUUUUGAGACGAGCCAAGAGACGCUUACCCGCCAGGCCUGUUGCUAAGGCCAUCGUUACCAUGGAAACCCUUUGGACCGUCGGUGUGCUCCCUCAUCAAUUUACCGUCUUCGAUGUUUUCAAAUCUGCUUGCCGGCAGGGACUGUUUUUUUUUUGUUUGUUUGUUUUUUGUUAUGGUUAUUUUAGCACUCAUGGACACAUUUACUUUGUUUACUACUUGUGUUUUAUUUUAUUUUUUAAAAUAAUUUUCAUAUCUCCUUUGCUGUUCCUGUUACUGGAAAUAUUUCCGGAUGUAUAUGCUACUUUCAUUCUUGUGGAAUUGUUAGUAUAUGAUGAUGGUGCUGAUUAAAAGGACGCUUAC